CUGAACUGACCAUUACAGGAUGGGUCGGAUGAGCUGACUACCGUCAUGGCAGAAUUGGCCAAGAUCCCUGAAAAGACGUGUGACAGCUGAGAUAAGAAGUGGCAUAAAAGGUUGCUGUCAGCUGUGAGUCACUCACUGACUACUGAUUGUCAGAGGGGUAAUAAUUCUGGCCUUGUGUUUUGUUUUUUAUUUAUUUUUACUAUUAUUAAUUGCAGUUGUAUCUUUGUUGUUUUUAAGGUUAAGCAAUAUCCCUUUGGUCAUUUCUUGUUUAAAGUUGGGUUUUAUUUACAUUUGAUUAUUUUGACCUUACCUUUAUUUUCUAUCGUGACUCUCGCGCAUGUCUUUUGUUUCCUUGAACGGUCUGCUAUAAAUAGACGCUUAUAGCGCGCUUCUCGUCUUUUGUAUCGCUGCCGGUGGGCGGAGUUCUGGCUCCGAGUGACAGCGGCGCGCGUCCAAUCAGAGCAGAGACUAAAGCUUUUAAUACCGUCGGGCUCGCGGUCCGAGCCACCUGUAGCACGCAGCGGCCAGGAGCGACUGCUCGGCUCCGUUAUACUUCGCUAUAUCAAAGUCAUCUUCACGUGAAAUAUGUCCCCCACCUUCCUCCAUGUCGUGAUUUUGCUGGCAGCUUUCGGCAGAGGGUCCAGCACUGAGGGAUUAACCACACAAGACACGAACAUUUCAGGCUCAACGUCAAAUAGCAGUUUUACAACAUCAUCCAUGACGUCAUCCAUCACCAUUGCAGCAGAUACAACAACUACACACGAUGCCACGUCUGAGUCUACAACUGUGGAAUCCUCCACAGCCACAACCUCCCAACUGAGCUCCGGGUCCAGCACCGGCCGAACUGACUCCUCAUCAGCUCCACACACAACACAGUCCCCCACGGAGGCAAGCCUCCCAACCGGCUCUCCUGCAGAUAACACAGCGACCAGCAACCACGCGACAACUUCAAGUACGAUGAGCACAAGCAACGGAACAACAACUAUCGAGGCGAACACUCCCACAACAAUCGACACAGGCACGUCAAUGACUGCACCUACAAAUAACACAGUCACAACUAUGACUCCCACACUCAACAACACAGUCACAACUAUGACUCCAACAACCAACCACACAGUCACGCCUAUGACUCCAACAACCAACAACACAAACACAAGCAUGACUCCAACAACCAACAACACAGUCACGCCUAUGACUCCAACAACCAACAACACCGACACAACUAUGACUCCAACAACCAACAACACAGUCACGCCUAUGACUCCAACAACCAACAACACAAACACAACCAUGACUCCAACAACUAACAACACAAACACAACCAUGACUCCAGCAACCAACCACACAGUAAUGCCUAUGACUCCAACAACUAACAACACAACUAUGACUCCAACAACCAACCACACAGUAACGCCUAUGACUCCAACAACUAACAACACAACUAUGACUCCAGCAACCAACCACACAGUCACGCCUAUGACUCCAACAACCAACAACACAAACACAACUAUGACUCCAGCAACCAACCACACAGUCACGCCUAUGACUCCAACAACCAACAACACAAACACAACUAUGACUCCAACAACCAACAACACAGUCACACCUAUGACGCCAACAACCAACAACACUUUCACGUCAAUAACUCCAACAGCCAACAACACUUUCACGUCGAUGACUCCAACUAAUGACACCAAUGGUACAACCACUGGUCCAGUGACCCCAGCAAAUUCAACAGCUUUACUAACUACAGCUGCACCAACUAACACCUCGCUUGAGACUUCUGCGUCCUCUACCACACCCUCACCCUCCACCACCAGCACAAAUACAACACUAACAGCGGGACCCUCACCCUCUUCACCUACUUCCAUCUCUACCUCCAGCUCUGUCCCUUCAAACACCUCCCCAGGCAGUAGCACUGUACCCUCCACUGGAAAUACCACCCUCCUUAGUCCCUCAACAGCAACCUCCAGAGGUACCAGCAGCACUCCAGGAGUUACCGAUGUGACUCCUACUGAACCAUCCACGGGAAACACAUCAGCCUCUCUCACCACCAGCGUCGGUACUGGGCCCACCGCCACCGUGACCAGCCUGGGACCCAACGCCACUACAUCGGCCCCUCCCACCUUAACUCCAGCUGCUGUGUGUCCAUUCAUCCCAUGUCCACUUCAAAGCGUCUGUCUCAAUGGCACCUGCCAGUGUCUGUCUGGUAGCUUCCUGCUCAAUGGUCGCUGUGUUCCUGCCCAAGUGUUCCCGGGCCAGCUUCAUUUGACGUCCCUGACGUUUGAAGCCGGAAUGAGUAACAGGUCCUCGGAAAUAUUCCAGAGGACGGCAGCGAAGAUCUCGGGAGCGCUCAAAAGCGCCCUCGGUGGUCAGCAGGGGUACAUACAGUCGGAGGUUGUGAGACUUCAACCAGGAAGUGUAGAGGCUACUGUGAACAACAUUUUUGAAAACAGCAACGCUACUCAAGAGUCUGUGGGGCAGUCCAUUAAAGAUGCUAUAGCCAAAUCACAAAGCGCCGAUGGGCUGCUAUCCAACGCUACGUUUGCAGGCACAGACUUGUGUGCUCAGCAGCCGUUACCUUGUGAGCCUGCCACCACAACGUGCCAAUACACAAACGGCCGCGCAGUGUGCUUCUGUAGGGACGGCUACGUCUCCGUCGUCUACUCAAACACCAGCUGCAGAGCGUGUCCCAGUGGCCAGAGAGCAGUGGGGGACUCGUGCCAACCAUGUGCGUUUGGAUACGCCGGCUUCAACUGCAAUGACUCAUCUCUGCUGGCAGUGGUGGUCAUCUCCUGUGUCCUCGGGGGAGUUCUUCUACUCAUUAUCUUGGCUUUGUUCAUAUUCUGCGGCUGUCAGAGGUGCUCAGAGAGGAAGCCUGGCUACAGCAGCAGCCCGUACUCAUCCGGUGAACUGAACCAGGCCUGGCCCACCAGAAUCACGCCCAUCCCUCGUGCCUCCACCACCACCUUCGAUGCUGCUCCGGCCUUGGAGAUGACGGAAGGGGGCAGCACUGGAGCCUUGGUGGAUAAAAAGCACCAGAACAACGGACUGGGAUUUAAACUGAAGCAGACAGGAUGGAAAAAGUCGGGAUCGUACGACGUCAACCCAGAAACAAUGACGACCUUCACAGGUAAAACUCCGUCCCGUUACUCCUACCUGGUCCAAGGCCACGUGAACCCCUACUUCCUACCAGGAGAUGAGAAGAAGAACUGAAAAACACCUGGACAGAUGUUGAAGUCCAUGUAGCAAAGAGUAAAAGAAAACAAAACCACACUGGUAAAUUUCCUGAGCAGGACAUAAUUUAUACUUUUUUUAAAUCUCAUUUUAUUUUUUAACUUGUGACGAUCAAUGACAAAGCACCAAGGACGUUCCUCCACUGUAAAACAGCUGCAAAGGAAAUGGAUUCUUAAAAGCAAAAACAUUUGAGGAUUGUCAUGUUCUUGAUGAUAAUAACCACUAGAUGUCACUGAUUCUCUGUACAAUUUUCCAGUUUUCUAUGGGAUUUCUGGCUUUUUUAGGCUUAAAAUUAUUUUUGUUUUUUUAAAUUAAGCUUCUUCUUUUGCUAAUUGCACUAAAGUGUAGGUGACGUUUACCACCGGCUUCCCACUGAAAUCAAGUGUAAAUGAAACGGGCUGUUUGGUCGUAGAUCAAAGGGGAUGGUUUUUCUAGAGUUAUGCGUCUUAAAUGACUGAAGGGGCUGGAUCCCUGGUUCGCUGUGUUUUGAAGGGAUUUCUACUGCGCCUAUUAAACUCUGAGCACUCUGUAUCUGAUGAAGCUGAUGUGCCUGUUCUUAUGUUCUUAUUGUCUAGUUGACAAAUAGGAAGCAUUAUGCAAACUUGUUGAUGAAGACGUCUGGAUGUGCCAAUUAUCACAUGUAUAUGUUACAUAUACGUCUUCUGUAUAUUUAUAUGUGUGUGCUUGAGUCAGGACACUCUUUUAUAAGCUUUUGAACAUUUUGUAAAUUAACCUUUUGUUGGCAGAGGACGAGUGUGCAUAAAAUGGAAAUAAAUUAAAUCUUAAGUUU